CACUUCUUAAUUGAAACUCCACACACGCAUCUGUGGUAAAUAAACUAGCCACACCCCGACCCAUUCUUGAAACGCUAAACUCCACUUUCCCAUGGAUAUCAAACCCAUCGUCGGACCUCGCCGCGCCAAGAACAUACACUAUGCUUCUCACCUUCCCACUACACACCUAGAUCUCCCGUUGCGGCGGUUUCCGUAACUCGUAAAUAUCAGAAACUAAAAAGUGUCUUGUGCCCUUCACGAUAAUCUUCUUUUUCCUCCCCUUCUCCCCUUCUCCUGGAUCUUUAUUUACAACAAGGGCUCUUAAGGAAACUAUACGUCUUAGACAUAUCGACAUCUUUCGACCAAAAGCUACCCCACCACUCACCCCUCCUCCCAAUUAGCAUCACACAUCAGCAUCACCACCUCCCCAAACCACACCACAUAAACCAAAAUACAUAAAAAUAAAACAACACCACCAAAAAUGGACGACCCCUCCUCAACGCCCGUCCCCAACGCACACGCCCGCGCCCUCGAAUCAACAUCCUUCAUCCGGUCCAAACUGCCCGCCUCGCUCCAGCAACCGAAGGUCGCCAUCGUGUGCGGCUCUGGUCUCGGCGGGCUCGCGGACACGAUUGAGAAGGAGGAGAAGGUCGAGCUGGCGUAUGGCGAUAUUCCGAAUUUUCCUAGGAGCACUGUACAAGGCCAUGCCGGAAAAUUCGUUUUCGGCUUCAUGGGACCGCAGAAGAUCCCCGUCGCGCUUCUCGUCGGUAGGGCACAUUUCUACGAAGGCCACUCAAUGGACCUCGUCACCUUCGCCGCGCGCGUGUGCAAAGUCAUCGGCGUGGAGACCAUCAUCGUCACCAACGCAGCCGGCGGCCUAAACCAAGACUACGCCGUUGGGGACAUCGUGUGUUUGAACGACCAUCUCAACAUCGCAGGCAUGGUAGGCGUGAACCCGCUGCGUGGCCCCAACAUCGAGGAGUUCGGCGUGCGGUUCCCCCCCUUGUCGGACGCGUACGACCUCGACCUGAGGAAGAGGGUGCACGCGGCGUGGAAGAAGUUGGGAUUUGGGGAAGGGAAGAGGAGGUUGCAUGAGGGUGUUUAUGCGUUUGUUGCGGGGCCUACAUACGAGACUCGUGCGGAAUGCCGUAUGCUGCGCACGCUGGGUGCGGACGUCGUGGGCAUGUCUACGGUGCCGGAGAUCGUCGUUGCCCGCCACGCGGGUCUACGGGUUCUGGCUUUCAGCUUGGUGACCAACGUCUCGAUACUCGAGGCCGGCCCCAGAGGCGACGACCCGGAGAUCCAGGGCAUGAGCACCGCGGAGUUGACGGAACACCUGAGCAAGGGUAAGGCCAACCAUGAGGAGGUGCUCGAGGCGGGGAGGGAGGCCGCCAAGGACAUGCAGGCCUUGGUGAAGGAGGUACUAUCGGAUCUGUAUGCGGCAUAGGCAGCGGUCCGUGUGUCCUUUAUUUCCUGGGGGAAAAUCUCUGCAUGCAAUGUGUAUAUAGAACACAAAGACAAAUGCA